GUAUUAACCAAAGGAAAGGUAUACAAGACAGCUGUAAGACCAGCUAUGGUGUACGGUGCCGAAUGUUGGGCGAUCCAUAAACAUCAUGAACAAAAACUCCAUACCUGUGAGAUGAAGAUGCUGAGGUGGGCGGCCGGCGUAACGAGACUCGAUAAAGUACACAACGAACACAUCAGAGGAAGCUACAAGGUCGCCCCCAUCACUGACAAGAUCAAAGAAUCCCGCAUGAGAUGGUACGGACACGUCAUGAGACGAGAUGAAGAUCAUGUCGUCAAGAAAGCUCUCUCACUACCAGACAGCAAGAGAGGAAGAGGACGACCGCUUGCUACGUGGAGGUCCACUAUAUCAAAGGAUUUGAAACAGGCCCAGCUGAACGAAGAGACAACCCAGGAUCGACCGAUCUGGCGCAUGAGAACGAGGAGGGCCGACCCCAAAUAAUGGGAAGAGGCACGGAAAGAAGAAGAAGAAGAAGAAGAUUAGUAUUAACCAUAGCUAUGCCCAUUGGUUUUUUUCUAUCUUUAAUUACUAUAUGACAAACUGAACCCAUAUAGUUUCGUCAUGUCCGUCUGUCUGUCCAUAUGUCACAGUCAUUUUACUCGACGACUAAGUUACAUAACGAGUAUUAUGUAAGCCGCCACUCAAGUUUCAGAAUUUAAAAUUAAACAAUAAAAUGUUUAUUUAUAAACAUGAACGUUUGGGUGGGGCAGUCUUUCGAUAGAUCUUGGUCGGUUUUUCUUAUUUUAACUGGGAUAAGUUUUACAGAUAAUGAAAUGCAACGCGCGAGAGAUAUAAUUUUUAUUGUCUAUUUCGCCAGAUAGGUACUGCCACGGAGCUCUCAUGCUAAGUACCGAAA